AUGUCUGGCGUUCCACCACCCGCCUCCUCCCAAACGCCGCAGCCGCCGCCUGAUAACAAUAACAGCAACAAUGGUGGCAGCGCAAACGCACCUGGUGGUGCUCCACAAGCCCAAGCAACAGAGGCUUCAGCAGGUUCUCCGUCGCUGAAGUCACUUUUACCACCGUCUGACCAAGCUGUCUUGGAUUAUCUGAAAGCCAAGGGCAUGGGAACGGCUAUGCUAGAAUUAGAAGCCAAGCUGAGCAAGGAACACUCUGACAAGACUACGAGUGUGGAUCCAAACAAUCCUCAAGCUGUCGAACAAAAUAAUAUGGCGGAACUCAAGAAGAAACUCGAACAUGAAGAAGAUAUCCACCGCACCUCACAAAUGAUGUUGCAUAAGUCCACUGGUGGUGGGUUCGGGUAUGAUCGAGAUGCUGCGGCACCGAUUGUUCAGUGGGGAAUUCCAAACAACACCACCACUGAAGAGUCCCCACAAAAGAGAACCAAGAAGAAUAUCGCGGCGCACCUGGGUGAAAAGGAAGCGGAAGCCUAUUUGGAUUCAUUUACCGCCUUACAAUUAUGGGUCUUGACUCUGCCGGAUGACCCACACGGUAGUAAUCUGCAACCACUGACGCACGAUCCCAUUGCGAAAGCACGAGAGCUCAUUGCCAAAAAUGGAGACAAGACGAUUGGACUUUCAUCGAUGAUCAAAGGAAUGGCUACACCCAAUACCCAAAGGCCAAAGGAUAAUCCAUAUUUCCAGUUGCCGCCAUCCUCGAAACCCGAACUCUUGUCUGUUACCUUUGCAUUGUUGGUUCACACUUACUGCGAACUGCUCGAAGUUGGUAUGGAUGCAACGGCGCAUGUGCUACGAGAUACCUUUGGAUGUGUUUACGAACCAAUCUUUGGUGAAGAGUUGAAGGAUCUCAAUGUCAUUACCACCACGGCCGAUAUUGUUCGAUUGAAUGCACAAAAUCAAGAGUACCUGGAAUCUUUGAACGAAAUCAAGCGAAUAUACGUUCGGAUUGCCGAAUGCCAACUCAAGAUUGAAAAAAUGAGAGCCUUUCAAUUUCCCUUGUCCACCCAACAGGACCCAAACAAGCUAGCGCAAGCCGAAAAGACACGAACAGAUUCCAUGGCUCGAUACCAGAAUGAAAUCAAUCUGUACCAAGAAAAGCACAAGGAAAAAACUCUCAAGGCUUCCAGUUAUUUCAAUCGCAUGUCCGAUCUCCAAUUUUUGCGACGUGCCCGAGGCGUUCGCUGGCAACUCACAUUGUCCGCAGCUUCGUAUGGCCUCCUCGUCACCUUUCUGAAUAAUACUUCCGCGAAUCCUGCGCUGUUGGCAAUGUCCACCCUGCUGCAAACGAAAUGCGAAAUUCACGUGGAACAACGGGACCCAUUGCCAAUUACUCCAGCCAUUAUUUUUGACGAAGAGUCCGACCGAGCCAAGGACUUUCGAAAGACUGCCCUUGUGAAUUGGGCGGCCCCAAGUCAAAGCCGACUUUCGAGCAAAGAGUCCAGGCGUCCGUUCCCCAAGUAUCAUUUGGAAGAAGAAUAUGACGACGCCAGAUCUGCGAGAAAGGACAAACAGGCGGUUGAAUUCAAUCGUGCCCUACUAGUAAAUGGAUUCCGAAGGUUGGAAGCUUUGGAACGGAAACGAGGGUUCCAGACCAUGAAAAAGUCGAGUGCAGGAUCCAAAGUCAGUGCAAAUCCUUUGGAACCAAGCAUCUUGUUGUCGACAUUGUCGGCCAAUAAUUCUCAUGCCAAAUCAGAGGCAACGAAUCCUGCCAGUGCGCCGCCCAUGCCUCCUGCUGGUCCGCCAAAGAGGAAUAAUUCGACAUCGUCGAGUACCUCCAACAGGAUACCCAUGACUGCUGCCAUGUGGGAAGAAGCAGGCAUCGGAUUGACUUGUGCAAAGCUUUGUCCACCAGAUGGCCGUCGUGUUGCGGUGGGCUGCGAUGACGCUGCUAUUCGAAUUUGGGAUUUGGCCGAUCUGGGGAGCGAUGGCAUGGCAGGGGACGCAGCUCAAGUCUUGCUGGGGCACAAAAAUGGAUUUCCCGUCUUUGACGUGUCUUGGAAUCGAGAUGGAAGAAGUUUGUUGAGUGCUGGCGGUGAUGGCACUAUUCGAUUGUGGGAUACUAUGGUACAAGGACCCUAUGGGAACUUGUCGACGAAUAACGAUCCCGCAGGCCCGACAAGCACGACAGUGACAGCAGCAAAGAAGCCAGCUGAAAAUAAGAAUGCCAUUAGUUCAGCUUUGAAGGAAGAUCUGGAAAAGGCUACCAAGAACUUGGAGCAAGCGAAGGAAACUCCUCAAAUGACUGUCCCUGGGUUGAAGCCAGAGAGCAACCUCGUUCCAUCCAGUGGAGCUGCGUUGGCAGUAUAUCGUCAUGCCGCACAAAAGCCCAUUUGGUCAACGGCGUUUGCACCGUGCGGAUAUUACUUUGCUUCGGCAGGUGCUGAUGCCACUGCCAGACUAUGGACGACGGACCGGGUAGCCCCAGUGCGCCUCUUUUGCGGACACACGGCAAAUAGCGUUAACACGGUUGUCUUUCAUCCCAACUGCAACUACAUCCUGACUGGGUCCGAUGAUAGGACAGCUCGACUAUGGGAUAUUCAAACUGGGAAAUGUGUUCGCCUACUGAAUGGAUGUUCAUCUGGUAUCUAUCAAGUGCAGAUUGAUCCAUCCGGCCAAUAUGCAGUCGGGUCAGACAUUAGUGGAUCCCUUCACUUGUGGGAUCUGGGGACAUCUAAGAAGAUCACAGAAUUCCGCCCACCCGCUGGAAUGAGAAAUGACAACGCAAGCAGCACGAGCAAGAAGAGUCAAUUCAGUCAACACCAGAGGAAUAUGGCAAUGUGCCAUAGCUUGUCCUUUAGCGCUUGUGGCACGGCUCUUGCCUCGGGAGGGGAUGACCGUUGCGUUCGAAUAUGGGAUAUUCAAAAAGCAGUGGCGGCGGAAGAACCUAUUGUUAAUGUUCCAGCUGCUAGUUUUGCCACUCGUCGAACGAUGCUUAUGGACUUGCAUUACACCAAACGCAACUUGCUUCUCUCUGUUGGCAGGUACAUAAAUCAAUAA